AUGAAUGAAACGUAUAAUAAUGAUAAUUCAAUUUUAUUAUCAUCAAACAAUAGUGCUAAUGUAGAUCUAAAACAGAGUUGUGAAACAAUAUAUGGACUUUAUGCAGGAAAUGAGUGCAAAGAUUUUGCAUUCAAAGGAAGUAAUAACACUCUAUUAUCUAUCAACUUCCCAAUUGGAUCUCAUCUUGCAGACAUCAAUGACUGUGCUUUCUAUCAUUGCAGAAAACUCUCAUUGGUUGAUUUCAGCAACUGUCAGUUUUUGACCAAAAUCGGAUCAUAUGCAUUUAGUGGAUGCAUAUCAUUAUCACAUAUUAUUCUUCCGACUCAUUUGAAAUCAAUUUCAUCAUUUUGUUUUGAAUCAACUUCAAUUUCAUCUAUUUCUAUACCAAAUGAAGUUACCUCAUUAGGAUUAUCCUGUUUUCAAUCUUGUACAAAAUUAAAAAACGUUAUCAUUGAUGUUGAAUCAAAUAUUAAAGAAAUCAAAACUUAUUCUUUUGAUUACGCAAAAGUUGAAACACUUUUUAUUCCCAAAGCAACUACAUUUAUUAGUGAAUAUGCAUUUGUAGCAUUAACAACACUUAGAGAGUUUACUAUUGAUCCAUCAAAUCCAAGUUAUAGUGUAUCAGAUGGAGUUUUAUUUAACAAAGAUCAAACAUGUCUUAUUCAUUUUCCUGCAAAUAAAUGUAAGUCAUAUACCAUACCGGAAAAAGCUACAUCAAUAGCUUCUUGUUCAUUUGCAUAUUCAAUUAUCGAAUCAAUCCAAUUUUCAAAAAAUUUUCAAUCAAUUGGUGAAUGGGCAUUUAUUGGUUCAAAUUUUAAAUCAAUAGUAAUUCCAGAUACUGUAACAAAUAUACAUGAAGGAGCCUUUUUUGCUUGUUCUUCUUUGAAUUCUAUUGUUAUUGGAACCGGAUUGAAGGCCAUUUCAAAUUAUUGCUUUAGACGAACAAACAUCUCAUCAAUAACAAUUCCAUCAGGAAUAACAACAAUCGGCAUUUAUGCAUUUGAUGGCUGUAAUAAUCUUAAAGAAGUUGUUUUACCAUCAAGCUUGAAAAAUCUUGGCGGAUCUUGUUUCCCAAUGACUACAAAAUUGAUAUUCUCUGAAGGAUCAGAUUUUACGAUUGAUGAUCAGCUGAUUGUUUAUAACAAAGCCAAAACAAAAGUUGUCAUGUGUUUGAAUCAGAGUGAUAGCUAUAUUAUUCCAUCUACAGUUCAAAUCAUCAAUAAUGAUGUUUUUAAAUUAAAUAAAAUUCUUAGCAAAAUUGAAUUUGUUCCGGAUAGUCAAUUGACUGAUAUUUAUGAUGGUGCAUUUUCUGAAUGUGAGAAACUUUCUAGUAUCAACAUUCCUCUCUCAGUUUCUAAAUUUGGCAAAAACUCAUUCUAUGGAUGCAAGUUACUCCAAUCUGUAUUUUUUGGCGAUAAGUUGAGUAUGAUUUCAGAUAAUUGCUUUGAAAACUGUAUCUCUCUAAGAACUAUUAGUUUUUCUGAUAGUAAUGUAAGUGCAAAUAUCAAUCAGUAUGUAUUCAGUGGAUGCGGAUCUCUCACAUCUAUCAUACUCAAAAAAGGAAUUUUGAGUCUUAAUAUGUUCUGUUUCAGAGGAUGUAUAAGUCUUAAUAAGAUUAACAUUCCAUCAACAGUCGUUUUCAUCGGAACCAACGCGUUCCAGAACACGAACAUCGAAACUGUCACAUUUUCGUUAGAUAGUCAUAUGCGUGUACUUAACCAGUACGUUUUCAGUGGAUGCAACACACUUCGAAAUAUCGAAAACAUUCCUAGUUGUAUUGAGUCUAUCGAAUCUAAUUGUUUCGAGUUCACUAAUAUUGAAACAUUCACAGUGCCAGUCUCUACUGUCAGCAUCGCAGACUAUGCAUUCCGAGGCUGCAGAUCUCUCCGUGUCUUCACAAUUCCAUCAGGAUGUGUUCUUAGUAAUAUCGGAAACUUCAUCUUCACCGGAUGCACAUCUCUUAGUGUUAUCGAGUGUGAUAACAGCGAACACUUUGUUGUCGACAAUGGUGCACUCUUCAACAAAGAACGAAGCAAUCUUAUCUACUUCCCUCCUGCCUCUUCGAUCAAGUUCUUCUGCUUCUCACAGAACGUCAAGAGUGUUUCAUCUAGUGCAUUCUAUGGAUGCAGGCAUCUUGAAGGUAUCAUGAUCCCAGACAACUCUAUCGAAACUAUCGGUUCCUCAGCAUUCUCAGAAUGCACAUCUCUCAAGUACAUCAACAUCCCUCUGUGUGUGAAGACGAUCGAACAAAACGCAUUCUCAGGAUGCAUCAACCUUCACUGUGGUGUCAACAUACAGAACAAGACUCGUUCAUAUAUUGAUAACAUUAUUAAAUCUAGUGGUCUUAGUAUCACAUCCAUGAAAUCUUGUUCAUUGAUCACAUGCAAGCAAAUUCACUGCCAAAAUCAUGUUUCAAAUUCAUAUCUAUAUGUUUUUAUUCUAAUGUAA